AUGGCUGCUGGAGUGACUCGCAAGGAGAUAUGUUUUAUAGCGGUCGUCCUUUGCUGUGCUGUACCUGUCGCUACUGCCUCAGCCAACUCGACCGGUGAACAGGCACGAGCCAGUGUGGAUUGGAGCUGCGAAGAGAAGCCGCCAGCCUCGGCGAGUGCACUCGAUGACGCGGCUGCGAACGUCACGGAGUCGGCGAACGCGACCUGGUGCGUGGGCCACGAGCCGUCCUUCACCGUGAGCAGCUCGUCUAGCGCCGUGAAGGUCAUUCUGGACGAGCCGCAGAGUGAGGAUCAGUGGACCUGCGUGUGCGCCAUCAACGCGCUGCUGGCGUCCCGCAUGAAGGAGAUUGCGUGCUCGAGAAACAAAUCCGUCCGGACACCGCCACUGUGCCGCAGCGGUAGUUCCAGCACCUUCUACAUCGGAAGUCUCACGGCCGAGACCAAAUACACGGUCUGCGUGCGCUAUCUUUGCGCGGGAGAGAAUGUCAGCGAUGUCGCCUGUAAGCCCACUACAACAGGACCCACACCGAAGAGUCAGCCGGUGCUGUCGACGCCAUUCGAAAUGACCGUCCACGUCGACGCUACGAGCACCACCGCCAACGUGACGUGGAGCACGACCGAAGCCGCUGCUCACGGGUUCACCGUGUCGCUGUGGAAGCCGGUCACGCACAGCGCCCACGAUCAGGUGCCCGUUCAGUUGGUCAAGACCGAAGAGCCCCACUGCGAGUUCCGGUCGCUGGAACCGUACACGGUUUACAAGGUGGAAGUGAGCACUGUCGUUCCCAAUGGCGGAAUCGUAGCCAAUGAAACCAUCUUCAAGACGCAGCCAGGAGCACCCACUGCACCACGGCACCUGCGGCUAACAGGCAUAUCCAGCACUGCGAUAAGUCUCGAGUGGUCGGCGCCACAAGAGAUGCGCGGCCCUUUGUUCGGCUACACGGUAUUCUACGGUCCCGCACGCGAACAUCAAAAGCGCAGCUCUCUGGAAACGCAGAACACUUCGGUCACCGUGACGCAUCUAACUCCGGACACGUUCUUCGAAGUGUACGUCAAGGCGUUUAACAAGCUGCACGACGGCACAGAGGUGGCCAGCGUUCCGGCCCGCAUCGAGGUCAAGACCAGCAUCGGAGCCCCUUCCAAGAUUCAAAACCUGCGCGUGGUUAGCCGCUCCACGAGCACAGUGGUGGUGAGCUGGAGCGCGCCGCUCAAGUCCAACGGGCCCUUGGACGGAUACGUGGUGCAUUGGUGCAACCAUAGCAGCGAUGGCAACAACUCUAGCUACGCCGACUGGAUGGCGAAGCUGACUAACCACUCCGAGUGCCACACGUUGAAGUCUGCGAGGGAUACUCGGGCCACCAUCGGUCCACUCGUCCCGGAAUCUACGUACGUGGUUGCCGUGAGCGCCUACAAUCUGCAGGCUGACCGUCACCGGUGGAUUGAGAGCAGUCCCGAGACCAUCACCGUCGAGACGCUGCCAGAAGCGCCGCCCGCACUUCGCGCCUUGGACGUGCGCAUGGUGAGCGCCGACUCGGUCGAGACCAACUGGGAGUCCCCGGCGCCUGGCGUCGUGGGCUACGUGGUCGCCUGGUGCCAGAACCAGCGCUGCUCGGAGAAAACUGUUACGGGUACGCGCCUUAUCAUCCACAACCUACACGCCGACAGCGACUACAACGUCAGCGUGGUGCCCUUCCGAAUGGACAGCCAGAACAACAAGGUGCUUGGGCCUCUCACCACUAAGCAAGUCACCGUCACCGACAGCAUCGAUGCUGUUAUGGCCGACAGUUACCUCGUAGGGACCAUCGUGUGCUCGGUGAUAGUCACUGCCUUGGGUCUCAUUGUAUUCGUCGUCUGCCGCCGGAAGAAAGGAACGGGCCCUCAGCUUUACAAGAGGAUGAGCUCCUUGGAAAAUGACGACGAUGACAUCGUUUUCAUGAAGACUGUUCCGAGGCGAACAUAAGACCUGCGGUCCCAUCAGAUAGGUCUACGAGAAGAAGAAAAAUUCUCACGUAUUCUAUGUUAUCGAA